AACCCAACCAUACUUCUGAGCACAUCAAGUAAGACUUUGUUACGGUGGCUCCUCGAAUCGACUAUUUACACUCGCUUCAAUGAUGAACUACCUCACCGCCUUAUUUUCAUCCUCCCCAAAAUCAACUUAUCCUCGUCACGACAGUUUCAGCUACUCUCAACCAUCCACUAGACAGAGCACUGGCUUUUCUUCAACAGCGACUUCGUCAUCAGCAUAUAGCCGUAGUUAUGGGCAACAAGAAAUAGCCGGACGAUUUAUCAACAAGAGGAAGCUCCAGAAACUCUUGAAAGAUCGAUUUGGCAACGACUAUCAACUGCAUAUGAGGUCAAACAAUUACCGUCUAUACGCAAGGAGACCGCUGAGCGAGGAAGAGAUCUUAAGCUGUUGCCAAUUAGACUUUCAUUUGGAGUGUUUUGGCUUCAUUCCCACUGCGAGGUUUCCGAAACCCAUACUUCAAUUUUCUUGAUGACCCCCGGCACGAGAAGUGUUGGGAUAUCGAGUGAUCAUGAGAAAGGUUCGUCUGAAAGGCGCUAUCGGCCGCACAAGCUGCCAUUCCACCUACUUCCUCUUCAGAGGAUUGGUGGACUUCAUCCAACUCCGCCUUAGUCCCUACAUCAUAGACGCAGCACAAUAAGAACACCGUGUGGAUUCAGUGCAUGACGAGUCGCCGUCGGGACCCCAGGGUGUAUGUGAUGGAGAGCUUUCAGCGGCAUCUGUUCCACGAGAUAUUCAUGUCAUUUAGCACGACACAAUUUUGACCAUUUUGCAAAGGAUGGCGCGGAGAAGAGUCAUCAAAUGAUAACGGCUGAAUGUUUUUGUUCAACUCAAUUAA